AUGGAGCAGAACAGCGUCAAUGAAGACCCAGAACCCAACAAUGACCGGCAGUCCUGGUUUUCUGAUGGUUACAUCAAACUGAGAAACUGGACUGGAUUUUGGGUCCUGGGACUGUGUAAUAACUUUGCGUAUGUGGUGAUGCUGAGUGCGGCCCAUGACAUCCUCCAGCAGCAGGAGACCCACAACAUCACUGCAUCUGUGAGAAGCUACUCUGUGAAGUACUCUGUAAAGUACUCUGUAAAGUACUCUGUAAAGUACUCUGUAAAGUACUCUGUAAACUACUCUGUAGAUGAUGAGGAUGACUCUGAGCAGACUGUAGAUGAUGAAGAUGACUCUGAGCAGACUGUAGAUGAUGAAGAUGACUGA